AUGAGAGUUAAUGAAACAUCAACGACAUCAAGUUCUACUCCAUCCAUAUCCGUAUCAAAUUCAAAUUCUGGUGGAUCGAAAUCGAAUUCUUCAUUAGUAAAUUCGAAUAAUAAUAUAAACAAUCAUAAAUCUACUUCAUCAACAUCUCCAUUUAAACUAUACCUUAAAAUAAACGCAUUUCGAGCAGCAGAUUUAGUACCGACAUCUAAAGAAGAUGAAGAUUCAAAAAGAAGUCAUAAAUACACCAAUCCAGUAUUAAUCGCCAAGAUGAAUACUUUUAAAGGUUCUACUUGUAAAAAAACUCAUACAAACCAACCAAGUUGGGAUGACGAAAUCAUUAUACCUUUAAAAACUGGUGAUAUGAAUCAAUUAUUGGUACUUUCAGUAUGGGACAAACAUAAACGAUAUAAGAACUAUUUAGGUGAGUUAAGAUUGGGAAUAAAAGAUCUAUUUAUAAAUAAUGAUAAAUUUAUUGAAAAAACAGAAUUGAAAUGGUAUAAGUUAAAUUCUAAUGCCACAGUACAUUCUUUUGUAACGGGAUCACUAUUAUUAUCAUUUGAGUUGAUUACUAAGAAAAGAAAAUCAAAAUUCAAACAAAAGGAAAGUUUAGUUGACAAAUUAAAGAAUUUAAAAGUUAAUGAAACGGAGCUUCAAUUUAAAAAAUGGUUAAAUAGUUUAAUUGAUAAUUCAGAUGAGCAAAAUUUUAAAACUUUAAGACCUAAUGAACAAGGAUUUUAUGAUGAUGUUUUGGUAGAUUUGUCCGAUUUGGAAUCAUUAGCUACUAGACAAUCAAAAAGUAAUGGUGAUACAGCAUCCACUAUGAGCGAUGAAAUGAUAUCCAACAAAAGAUUUCUAAAUGUUAUCAAUAAUAGUCCUAAUGGUGAUGCAAGUUCAAUGUCUGAACAAUCUUCGUUUAUAUCUUCUGAAGGAAUAAGUGAUACUGAUGGUCGAUCAGAAGAAAAGAGAUCAAGAUUUAAAAGAAAAAUGAAUAUUAAAAAAUUGACCACAGAAAAUAAAUUUGAAAUGGGUUCAAGAAAAGUUUUAGGAGUAGUUUUCAUUGAAAUAGUAUCAUGCGAAGAUUUACCACCAAUCAAGAAUUUCACCAGAACCACCUUUGAUAUGGAUCCAUUUGUCGUUGUAACAUUUGGUAAAAAAACGUUUCGUACUAGUUGGAAAAGACAUACAUUAAAUCCAAUAUUUAAUGAAAGAGUAGCUUUUGAAAUUUUACCACAUGAAAACAAUUAUAAUAUUCAAUUUUCCGUUUUAGAUAAAGAUCAAUUUUCCUUUCAUGAUCAAGUAGCCGAUAUUGAAUUACCAUUGAGAGACUUGACUGAGUAUGCUACCGCACAACCAACAAUGAUGAGUAGAAACGAUUCUGAGUUAAGUUUUGAUUUAGAUUCUGGUUUUACCACAGGAGAUAAUGAAUCUCCUUCAAACUCAAAUGUGAAGAUAUUAGAGGAUGAUAACAUAGUUCAAUCUGUAAGGAAAAAGAAGUUUUCAACUAGGAAGAAAAUUACCGAAUCCACUGUAGAUAUUUCAAAAUUUAGAGUGAUGUCAUUAAGUUUAGACCUUCAUGAUCAAAAAUAUAUUGUCAAGUAUGCACCGAAGUUAAAAAUUAGAGUUAGAUUUGAGACAUACGAUGAAUUAAGAAAACAAUUUUGGAGAGUUUUAUUAAAACAGUAUGAUAUAGAAUAUGAUGAAACUAACACUUAUGAUUUCUUAGAAUUGGUAUCAUUACUUGAUGCAUUAGGAACUACAAAUAGUGAUGAACUAGUUACUACAUUUUAUAAAAACUUAAACAAAGACACAGAGGAUUUAAUAACUUAUGAUGAAAUUAUUGAACAAUUGGAAAUUCAUAUGAGCCUAAAUGAUCAAAGUUCCAACAAAAUUUUUGUUUUUGAAAAAUGUCCCAUUUGUUUACAAAAGCGAUUUUCAAGAAAACAAGAUAUUGAUAUAGUUACUCAUUUCGCUAUAUGUGCAUCAAAGGACUGGAGUAUUGUUAAUAAAUUGUUGGUUUCUUCAUAUGUCAGUCCUAGACAAGCUACUAAAAAGUGGUAUUCAAAAGCAUUGAUCAAAUUAACGUACGGAAAAUACAAAUUAGGUGGAAAUUCUGCCAACAUUUUGGUACAAGAUAGACUCACGGGUUUGAUAUUAGAGGAGAAAAUGAGUGUGUAUGUACGUUUGGGUAUCAGACUUUUGUAUAAAGGAUUAGAUAAAGCAAAGUCAAAAAGAGUUAGAAUUUUAUUAAGAAGUCUAAGUAUAAAACAAGGUAAAAAAUUUGAUUCUUCAAAAUCAAAAGCUGAUAUUGAAUCAUUUAUUAAAUUCCAUAAAUUAAAUCUAUCCGAUUGUUUGAUUGAAAAUCCUAAUGAUUAUCCAACUUUUAAUGAGUUUUUUUACAGAAAAUUAAAACCUAAUGCAAGAUUAAUAGAAGAUGAGAAAAAUGAUAAGAUUGUAUCAUCUCCUGCUGACUGUCGAUGUGUUGCAUUUAGUUCUGUUGAUGAAGCAACCGAAUUAUGGAUAAAAGGUAGAAACUUUACAAUUGCUAAGCUAUUUAAUGGUGAUUUACAAGAUAACUCAAAUAUACCAUUUAAAGCUGAAGAUUUAUCGAUUGGAGUUUUCAGAUUAGCUCCUCAAGACUAUCAUAGAUUUCAUUCACCUAUUAGUGGAACAAUUGGAGAGAUUAAACAUAUUAAUGGUGAAUAUUAUACAGUAAAUCCAAUAGCUAUUCGAAGUGAAUUAGAUGUGUUUGGAGAAAAUAUAAGAAGUAUAAUCCCCAUACAUACUGAAGAAUUUGGAACAGUAUUAAUGAUAGCUGUUGGAGCUAUGAUGGUUGGUUCGAUAGUUUUAACAGUAAAACCAGGUGAUAAAAUUAAAAGAGGUGAUGAAAUUGGAUAUUUUAAGUUUGGAGGUUCAACAAUAAUCUUAUUAUUUAACAAAAACAAAUUUGUAUUAGACUCAGAUAUUUCAUCAAAUUCAAAAUCUUCUAUAGAAACAUUAGUUAGAGUUGGUCAAUCUAUAGGCCAUUCUCCUGAAACCGAUGAAUAUAGAAGAGAUCAUAGUGAAUUUAACAAAUUAUCUCAUUCCAAGAAAUUAGAUUUGAUUAGAAUUUUAACUGGUGGGGACUUAAAAGAUAAACAUCAACUUAGUAAUUGGGAAGCAAGUAAAAUCCAAUUGGAAUCAGACAAUGAUGAAGCUGAAUCAUACUUUGAUAUAAAUGAUGAAAAACUCGAGAGGGAUGUUGUUGAUGAAGGUUUUGAUGAAGAAGACGAUGAUGAAGAUGAUGAAUUUGAUGAUUUUGAUGAAGAAGGUUCGAUUGAAACCAAUGACCAACACAAUAGAUAA